CUCUUUCUCUCUAGCUUCUUCUUCUUUCUCGUCAUCAUUUGAUUAUAGAAAAGCUUCAUAAAUUUUGACUCUUUGCGAUCCCAGUCUCCUUAAUCAUUUUGUAAAUCUCCAAACUCUUUCAAUUUCAACUUGUGCGAGCUCCAUUGAUGUAAUCCAUUAUUGUCUCCUCUUCUUACCAAACUAAAAUCAAACUCUAGAAAGAAAGAAAAAAAAAAUCGUUUCUUUUUUUUUUGGUGAGAGGGAGGGAAAUGCCAAGCGUAGCUGUGAAACUCUACAGCGUCUUCUUCAAGCUACUCCUCAAACACCGUCUCCAAAACCUAAUCUCAUCUCCACCCGCCAACACGUCACCGCAUCCCUUCGGCGUCUCCACCCGCCCCGACGAAUCCGUCGCCCCUGCAAGCCCUUCCUUCACCGACGGCGUCGCGACCAAAGACAUCCACAUCGAUCCCAUGACGUCACUCACCGUACGUAUCUUCCUCCCCGAAUCCUCCCUCUCUCCCUCCGAGCUACACGUCGAGAUCCGAUCCGAUCGGAGGAGACAUAGCCAAAGCCACGUCAUCCCUCUUAACCACCAGACCUCUCCUGAGAGAAACGAGCCUCGAAGGAACAGCUACGGAGGAUACGCGCCGUCGAGUAAGAGGAGUUCACGGAAAAUGCCGGUGAUGUUGCAGUUUCACGGUGGAGGUUGGGUUAGUGGGAGUUCGGAUUCUGUGGGUAAUGACUUGUUUUGUCGGAGGAUAGCGAAAGCGUGCGAUGUGAUUGUGUUGGCGGUGGGGUAUAGGCUUGCUCCUGAGAAUAGGUAUCCUGCUGCUUUUGAGGAUGGAGUUAAGGUUUUGAAUUGGCUUGGGAAGCAAGCUAACUUAGCUGAUUGUUGUAAGUCUUUGGGUGGUAGAAGGGUUAAUGGUGUUGAGUUGAAGAAAGUGAAUGUUCAGGGAGGACACAUUGUUGAUGCUUUUGGAGCUUCUAUGGUUGAGCCUUGGCUUGCAGCUCACGCUGAUCCUUCCAGAUGUGUUCUUCUUGGGGUGAGCUGUGGUGGGAACAUAGCAGACUACGUAGCUAGGAAAGCAGUGGAAGCUGGGAAACUUCUAGAACCUGUUAAAGUUGUUGCACAGGUUCUAAUGUACCCAUUUUUCACCGGGAACAACCCAACACAGUCCGAAAUAAAGCUAGCAAACUCUUACUUCUACGAUAAGUCUGUCUCUGCUCUCGCCUGGAAACUCUUCUUACCAGAGAAAGAGUUCGACUUUGACCACCCGGCAGCAAACCCACUUGCUCAUAACCGGAGUGGACCACCUCUGAAGCUAAUGCCUCCAACUCUUACGGUUGUUGCUGAACAUGACUGGAUGAGAGAUCGAGCCAUUGCUUAUGCAGAGGAGCUUAGGAAGGUGAACGUGGAUUCUCCAGUUUUGGAAUAUAAAGACGCGGUUCAUGAGUUUGCAACACUUGAUAUCCUUCUCAAGACUCCUCAGGCACAGGCCUGCGCUGAAGAUGUUGCUAUUUGGGUCAAGAAAUACAUUUCUCUCCGUGGCCAUGAGUUCUCUUACUAA